GAAUGUCCAAGUGCUGCAUACUAGGAUUGCCGACUCAAAAUGACAGGUUAAUUUCAUCAGAGCAAAAUCAGACACUGUGGGAUGAAUGCUCUGCUCUGCGCAUGUAGAUGGUUGUGGUCACCCAUUUGCCGUUGGCUCCAGCCAAUGAAAUCGCUUCCCGCCAAAUACAGUUUCACGCUUUCCCGCAAUUUUACAUCAACAAUCUGUAACAAAAUAUCCAUGGAACCAGUGGAUUCAACAACGAACGGACACACAAAAAUAGGGGAAGUCCAACCUGCAAAGAAACAAAAGAUCAUGUCGACUGACAAAGUAGUGUUAGAAUUCGCCAAGCUGAGCGAAAACGCUUACACGCCAACAAGGGGUUCCAAAUAUGCGGCGGGAUAUGAUCUGUACAGUGCCGAAGACACUGUGGUUCCAGCAAAGGGGAAGCAAAUGGUGCCAACAGAUAUUCAAAUCGCUGUGCCAGAGGGCUGCUACGGCCGUGUAGCUCCAAGAUCUGGACUGGCAGUAAAACAUUUCAUUGAUGUUGGUGCUGGAGUAAUAGAUCAAGACUACAGAGGGAAUGUGAGAGUAGUGCUGUUCAAUUUUGGAAGUGAGGAUUUCAAAGUGAGUAAGGGUGACAGAAUUGCACAGUUGAUCAUGGAGAAGAUUUGCAUACCUGAACUAAAGGAAUGUAAGACUUUGGAUGUGACAGAGCGUGGUGAUGGGGGAUUUGGGUCCACUGGUGUAAAGCCUCAGUAAUGUCAUCCAGUCGUGUCCUCCUGAGGUCAUGUGAUGAGGACUCCAUAUAUGGUCAUCAGCUGUUUUCAGGGUUGUCAAGAGCAAAUUCUGAAUCAUGUGACAAGUUCAUUACUUUGGGACUCUCAGGAAGUGUGUGAAGCAGGAGGCAAAUGUGAUCCUCUGGUUGUGUGUGCAUAGAAGUUUGCAGUUCUGCGAAAGUCCGUGCAGUUUGGUUUGACGAUGGUAACCCAUGGCUACCCAAAUAUAUUUGAUUGGAGGAGAAUUAUGACAAACUGUAAAUCUUCAUCUUUUUCAACCACUAAAGCACUUUUUCCUCGUGGACUGUAUGUAUACAAUUAUUAUGAAAAUGAUGCUAAACAUUGUUUUUCUACGCCCCAAUAGUUCCCUCAGAAUGUUUCAAAAUAUUAAUCGAAAAAGUUGAAGAAUUAAGGUACAUGGUUGUAUAUUUCAUAAAAUUUGAAUCUCUUCUACCCACAAUGCUUGUUACUGUAAGCUUGUCUUAAGUUGUUUACAAAUGAACAAUUUGAGAAGAUCCUUUUUUUUUUUUUUUUUGGAAAUGCUUUUGGAGAACGUUCUAGAGAUCAGACAUCUUGGUUUGGUCAUGUGGUAGAAGAUAUGGCGUCAGUUCAUUGUGAUUGAGGAAUCUGUUUUUCACAUUGAACAUCAAAGAACCCGGUAAAAGACAAACAAUAGCAGUAACUUCAAGAGGUUUGGCCAUCAUCGAGUUUAAAGAUGUAAGGCUGUUAAGCAGAAAUAAAAAUUUAAUACUUUAUUAUGAGGCUAAGACUACUGUCACAGCCUUCCAAGAAAACCAAGAAACCAUCUGGAAAAUGUUUUGAAAAGAACAAACAAACAAAAUUAAAAGGCAAACAAGCCAUGCAGGUGGUCAGCUGUGACGUCGCCACUUAGCUGAGACGAGCCACACAGUUGGUCAGCUGUGACUUCGCCACUGAGAC